AUGAAUCCUCCUGAACACUUCUACAACUCGAUCGCGAAUCUCAUCAAGCUCAAGCCUCAUUGGAAUCCCGCCACCGUGGAUGCUGUUCAGACCUCUACAUCUGCUGCAUGGGAAAAACAGGACAUUCGUCAGCGUGGAGCUGGACAGCACAGAAAGCUCGUCAAUACCGAGAUCCUCUUUGGUAUUGCCGUCGUCGACGAGAAGGGCCGCAUGUCGGUUAUUCCGACUUCUUCAUGGUUUCCCAGCUACGAAGACAUCUUCUUCUCGAACCUUUCGGACGAAGAACGAGUAGAGAAGAUAUAUCAAGCUGCAGUCUCACAACUCCGUCGCAUCUACAUACGCAGUUUGGAAGCAAAUGGAGUCAAGCUUGAACGCCAUCGUGAAGGAAUCGCCAUGGAUGCUGGAGAAGUAGAUGGCACCGAGCAAGUUCGUGAACAGUCGCAGGAGCCUGUAGCUACAGUUCCUGCACGACGCAAAAUCAAGCCUGACGAACUGCCGAUGGAACCAAGCAACUGCGGUUCUUCUUCAAAGAAGCGAAAGAGGCUACUAAUCGGCAUCAGCCAUUUUGGGAUGGUUUCGAUUGAUGGUAGCGCAGCACACGCCACAAUAUCUCGCGCUGUAGGUGGGUUUUGCAACGUUGGCAAGGAGACCUCGAUUGGAUACCGUGAGGUGGGGUGA